AUGAGUGUAUAUCACUCUUGCAUAGGAGUGAAUAGUCCUCUGCAUGCAUAUUCUUCUGGGGACAUCAUUAUUGGAGGACUUUUUCCAAUUCACUCAAAAACCAACCACACUAACCUGCCUGGACCAAUCUCCUGUGAUAACUAUGAAUUCAACGUUUUCCUGCACACUCAAGUGAUGAUAUAUGCCAUCAGAGAAGUAAACCAGCGCAAACCAAGAGUUCUACCCAACUUCACCAUAGGAUAUGACAUCUAUGACACUUGUGGAGACGUCGACAUCGCCAUUAGAGCAGCACUCCAACUGUUGAAGAACCAGUCAGAUCCUCAGAGCUGCUUAGUGCCUGAAAACAAUACGUCUGCCUUUUCUGAACCCCAAACAAAGGUGGUGAUUGGUGAAAGGUAUUCUGAAGUGUCGACAGCUGUUGCACGAAUUCUUGCUCUGUCAUCAGUUGCCCAGAUUAGCCAUGCAUCAACCAGUGAGGUGCUCAGCAAGAAGUACAAGUUCCCCUCUUUUCUGCGAACAGUGCCUAGUGAUGCACAUCAGACAGAGGGCAUUGUUGAGCUAGUGAAAGAAUUUAACUGGAAAACAGUGGCAAUUGUGGGAAGCGAUGAUGAGUAUGGGAAGUAUGGCAGUGAUCGACUUGAGGACCACUUCACUAAUGCGAAUGUCUGCAUUGAAUUCAUGACAAUCCUGCCUGGUGACUUCAACCAAAACAGUUCAUUGCUACCUAAGCUGGUGGAAAAAAUCAAUGACUCCUCAGCUGAGGCCAUCAUCUUAUUCACCAAGGACACCUAUGUUAGAAUCAUUAUGAAAGAAGCUAUUAAAGCUAAGUUAAACAGAACAUGGAUUGCAAGUGAUUCAUGGUCCACCUCUUCAAAGAUCUCUUCACUGAAAGACUUUGGGAGUGCUGGGCAAGUUUUUGGAUUUAUCUUUAAGAGGAAAGAGGUUCCUGGUUUCAAAGACUAUGUCACCUCUGUGUUUAAUGGAACGACGAACAGCUUUAUCAAACAUCACCUGACUCGCUAUAAACCUUGCUUAAAUCAGUCUGAGGAGAACGAAGAAAAAAAUUGCUCACGGACAAACACUCAACAGUGUCUGCACCCCAGCUGUUUGGCAACUCACCUUGACCAGGAUGAAUCAUACAGUAUCUAUUUAGCAGUCCAAGUCAUUGUUGAGGGUCUCAGACGCUUGCUGAAAUGCAGCAACCAGCAGUGUGAACGUGGUCCCAGAUUUACAGCUUUGGAGCUUCUCAUGGAAAUCCAGAAGGUCAACUUCAUUGUGAACACCACACAUAUAUUCUUUAGCGACACAGGAGAUCCCAGUUUGGGAUAUGAUAUUGUGCACUGGAACAUGUCUAAUUCCACACAGGUCUUACAAAUAGAAACUAUUGGAGAAUACUGGCCCAAUGGAAGAAUCAAAGUCGCAGAAUAUCUUCGUAGCAGCAUGAAAAAUGUGACGGUAACUGCUUACAACUGCUCUAAAACAUGUAAACCAGGACAAGAGAUGAAAAUACAAAGAAGAAAGUGCUGCUAUGAUUGUGUUAAAUGCACAACUGGAGAGUAUUCCCCUGGAAACGGUAUGGAGUGUAAGCGCUGUGGUGUCGAAAAGUAUUCAAUCGAAGGACAGAGGGAUGAGUGUUUAAACAAAACUGAUGAAUAUCUCAGUUGGUCAGAUCACUUCUCUAUCAUUCUGAAUUUCUUUGGGAUCAUUGGAAUAAUUGCUACCAUUGGAUUCACUGUUCUGUUUGCAAUCUAUUCUACAACUCCCAUUGUUAAAGCAGUUGGAGGCUACCUGUGUUUCUUGGAACUUCUUUCCCUGCUGGCCAGCUUCAGCGUUAGCUUUAGCUUCAUAGGCAGACCCACCAAGGUUUCAUGUUUACUAGGCAUGCCUUUCUUUUUCAUAGCCUUUUCCGUCUGCAUCUCCUGCAUUCUGGCGAACUUGCUUCAGAUUUUGGUAGGCUUCAACUUUCAUCUGAAGUUAGGUUCCUGGAUAAAGAAACUUAACCGACCGUUGGCUGUGGUGACCAUCGUCUCUGGGGUGCAGUUGGCUCUGUCUGUGUCAUGGCUGAUCAAAUCCCCACCAGCUCCUAAAGAGCAGCCAUUAGAUGUGAUCAUCCUGCACCAGUGUGAGAUUAAGACCCGUGGGUUCAUAUUAGCCAUGAUAGCCUAUCAGGCUCUCUUGGGCUUUAUUUGUUUCCUGUUUGCAUUCAAAGGAAAACAGCUGCCAGAUUUAUAUAAAAAUGCAGCGUUGAUCUCUGUCAGUAUGCUGCUGUUUUUGAUCAUUUGGGCUAUCUUCACCCCACUCUAUCUCACUCUGACAGGGAAGUACAAACCAGCCAUUGAAAGUGCAGCCAUUCUCAUUUCUAGCUACAGCAUCCUCGGCUUUCACUUGGCCCCGAAGUGUUACAUUAUGGUGUUCAGAAAGGAGCUGAAUGAUGAGAAUGCCAUCACUGAGCACAUCAGGAAACAUUAUGAGCAGAAGGGCGUGGCUGUGGUGAGAUCAUAA